AUGGUGUUCUUCACCACCCUGCCCAUGGGCCAGAGACAACAAAGGAGGGGGUUGUCUGGGAUCAGAAAGAACCUUCUAGACCAGCAUCAUGGUAAAGCGCUGUGUUCGGGCUCCUCACUCACUUCACGUCGGUAUCACUUUGUUAAUGAGUCAAAGAACUGGACUGAAGCUCAGAGUUACUGCAGAGAAAACCACGCAGAUCUGGCUACCGUGGAGACCAGGAUGGAUGCGGAGAUGUUGAACAGACUGGCACAUUUAAGCAAGGCAGGAUCUGGCAAAGUAGCCUGGAUCGGUUUCUACCGUGAUGCAGACUGGAGAUGGUCCAUGUUGGUCAGAGAUUUCUACAAAAGCAAUGAGGUGGAGUUCAGAAAUUGGGCACCUGGAGAUGUAAACAGCAUUCAGGGCAUCCCUCCACAAGAGCAGUGUGGAAGGAUGGAUGAUUCUGGGCAGUGGUGGAGUGCUCCAUGUCAGUGGUCCUUUACAGCUGUCUGCUCUGACAUCAGAGACAGGAAUUUGACAUUUGUCUACAUCAACAUCACCAUGAGCUGGACUGUGGCUCAGCGCUACUGCAGAGAACACCACACAGACCUGGCCAGUGUCAGAGACAUGACAGAUAACCAGAAGAUAAAGGAGAUUAUACCUGCAGGAGGACUUGUCUGGAUUGGUAUUUUCAGAGGCUUCUGGAGGUGGUCGGAUGGCUUUGAGCCCACAUUUGAGUACUGGCAAAAAGGACAACCCACCAAUGGUUCAGAGAACUGUGCUGCAGCAGACUUUGAUGAUUUUGGAAAAUGGGACGGCUCGACCUGUGAUGUUAAAAGGGUAUUUUUUUGCAACCGAGAUUUACCACUCAGAUUAUCAGGUCGAAGUCAUUGCUCUGGAAGAGUGGAAAUCUUUAAGGAAGACUCCUGGGGAACCGUCUGUGAUGACAACUGGGACAUAGAUGAUGCCUCAGUGGUUUGUAGACAGCUGGGUUGUGGGCCAGCCAAGAGUUAUCUAGGAUCGGCAUACUUUGGUGAAGGAACUGGACCCAUCUGGCUGGAUAAUGUUGGCUGUUCAGGAAGUGAAAGUAGUCUGUCCGAGUGUCUCCAUAAUGGAUUUGGGAAACACAACUGUGGCCAUCAUGAGGAUGCUGGUGUCAUUUGUAACGAUCCCCCAAUCAGAUUAUCUGGACCAAACCGGUGCUCUGGAAGAGUGGAAGUAUGGAAUGAAGGCUCAUGGGGAACCGUCUGUGAUGACAGCUGGGACAUAGAUGAUGCCUCAGUGGUUUGUAGACAGCUGGGUUGUGGGCCAGCACAGAGUUUACUUCCAUCGGCACACUUUGGUGAAGGAACUGGACCCAUCUGGCUGGAUGAUGUUGCCUGUUCAGGAAAUGAAAGCAGUCUGUCUCAGUGUCCCCACAGUGGAUUUGGUAAACAUAACUGUGGCCAUAAUGAGGAUGCUGGUGUGAAUUGUUCAGAUUUCCAGAUCAGAUUAUCCGGACCAAACCGGUGCUCUGGAAGAGUGGAAAUCUUGAAUGAAGGUUUAUGGGGAACCGUUUGUAAUGACAGCUGGGACAUAGAUGAUGCCUCAGUGGUCUGUAGACAGCUGGGUUGUGGGCCAGCACAGAGUUUACUUCCAUCGGCACACUUUGGUGAAGGAACUGGACCCAUCUGGCUGGAUAAUGUGACCUGUUCAGGAAAUGAAAGCAGUCUCUCUGAGUGUCCCCACAAUGGUUUUAGUAACGGUAACUGUGGACAUCAUGAGGAUGCUGGUGUCAGUUGUUCAGGUAUGAAAACAUAUUUACCAUCGAUUAUAUCAGAUUAUCUGGCCAGGAUAAGUGCUCUGGAAGAGUGGAAAUUAUGAAUGAAGGCGAAUGGGCAAAUUACUUUAAAAAAAAUAUUGCCAUUUUCUGUUUUGAUAGCUGCCCCAAUCAGAUUAUCUGGACCAAACCGGUGCUCUGGAAGAGUGGAAGUAUGGAAUGAAGGCUCAUGGGGAACCGUCUGUGAUGACAGCUGGGACAUAAAUGAUGCUUCAGUGGUUUGCAGACAGCUGGACUGCGGGACAGCAAAAAGUGCACUUACAUUGGCACCCUUUGGUGAAGGAACUGGACCCAUCUGGCUUGAUCAAGUGGCCUGUUCAGGAAGUGAAAGCAGUCUGUCUCAGUGUCCCCACAAUGGAUUUGGGAAACAUGACUGUGGCCAUCAUGAGGAUGCUGGUGUCAUUUGUAACGGUAUGGAGAGAUGUCUAAAACAAAUGCUGAAGGACAAAGGAGUCAAUGGAGAUGUGAAACUAAGCUGGAGGAAGCAGUCAGAUGGACAAAUCUUUCACAUGGAUGAGACGAAGAAAAAGAAAAAGAUCCUACCAGAACAAGAUGAGUUUUAA